AUGGGAGACAAGUACAAAAAAAUUGAACUUAUCGGCUCCGGGACUUUUGGACGCGUUUGGCUCGUUUCGGCGGAGAAAACCGGUCGCAAAUAUGCGAUCAAGGAGAUCCAAGUCUCGGGGAUGAGCAGUCGCGACAAGGAGCAAGCGCUCACGGAGGUGUCGGCCUUGGGACGGUGUAAGCAUGUGAAUAUCAUCAGAUACAAGGAGGCGUUCGUGGACAAGGGGAUGCUGAACAUCGCAAUGGAAUACGCGGACGGAGGCGAUCUUCAUACUAGAAUCAAGCAACAAAAGGGUGUCUAUUUUGCGGAGCAGGUCGUCCUGGACUGGUACACGCAGAUUUGCUUCGGUCUGAGGUACAUCCACGGCAGGAACAUUCUCCACAGAGAUCUGAAGACCCAGAACAUCUUCCUGACAAACACUGGCACCAUCAAGAUUGGGGAUUUCGGUAUAGCGAAGAUUCUUCAGGACACCUCUGACCAUGCCCGCACCGCUAUUGGGACACCUUAUUACCUUAGUCCGGAGAUUUGCCAACGGAAACCCUAUAACCACAAAAGCGACAUCUGGGCAUCGGGAUGUGUUCUCUAUGAGCUUACCUGUCUAGUCCACCCGUUCGAUGGGAUGAACUUCUCUGAUCUCGUCCUCAAGAUUAUGCAAGGGCAAUAUAAAAGCGUCCCAAGCCAUUACAGCGCGUUGGUCGAGGACCUCAUCUCGAUUCUUCUACGAGUAGACGCUACCAAGCGGCCAUCAGCUAGACAGAUCCUCUGCAUCCCCGUGAUGCAACCCAAUGUGGAUGCUUACGUGCAUAGGAUGCAUCAUCUCCAUGUGAAUGUGUGCAACUCUCUGGCAACAUUGAACAUCUUUGAGAAAAGGAAGGUCCCGGAUGCCGAGAAAGGGAAGUGCUAUUUUACAGAUGAUGAAAAAGAGAAUGUCUCACCAGAAACAAGCACCCUGCCUCCAAAGCGACCAAGAAAAUAUUCACUGUCGACACCGAAACCUGAAGACGUCAUGCGAGACAAGCGGUCUAAUUCUGCUGAAUCGUCCAAAGAAGUUGUCAAACAAAACAAGAUGAGCGUCAAGAACUCACCAAAGUACAGUCUCUACAUGGACAUCGUCAAGAAGCGAAGAGAGCAAUCCCCUCUCGCUUCGCUACUGCUAAAACCAAAGCGUGACACGCCUGUGAGAGACAAGUCGAAACAAGAACCGCGACUCUCCCUCUUUGUUAAUAGUGAGCAAGCCAAGAAGAAAAGAACACCAUCCACUGCCAGCCAGUCUUCCCGGGAGUCAGCACAGUCCACUGCUAGUCAGCCCCUGCGGGAGUCGACACAGCCCACUGAGAGUCAGUCUUCGCAAAAGUCAACCAAGGCUUCUGCCAGUCAGUCUUCGUGCGUGUCAACACCAUCCUCGGCUACCCAGUCUCUGGGGGAGUCAACCCAUGCACUUCCCAAAGCUGGCCAGUCUUCGGGGGAAUCAGUGUCCUCUGCUUCACGCGGACAAAGGCAGAAUUAUGCUGAUGGCAGUGUCUUACUUGAAAGAAAACAAGUCAACCAGUCUGUUCCAAGCUUGCCGAAAGCUGUUUCGGAGACCCUAGAGAGAGUUGAUAAGGAAUUCGAAGCAAUAAAGGAUCGUGUUCAGUCCCUGAGGAAAAGGAGUCUGAGCGACCAUAGAGCUGCCCGCGAGGGUGCAGACAGGCAAACUGAAACUGGUGACGGCACUUGUGAUGGGAAACAGGGCACUGAAAAACCUGAGCAGCCGAAGAGAUCCAGCAGUCAUGAUAGGGUGAACAGCUACAAGGAUGCCGAGGAUACAUCCGAGGCUGAAGAGAUGGCUCCAAGUGGUGCGACAGACUCUUGCAAUCCAGGAAAGGUGGAGUUGUCGAAAGAGCUUCUUCUGCUCGGUAGGAGAGAUUCUGCCGGAUCAAGGUACACCCAGGACAGCAUCACUCAAAGUCGUACUGAGGGAGGUACUGAAGCCAAAGGUGCAACUUCGAACACAGCGACGUCUGCCCGAGUGGUAGGAGAGGAGGAAAGACUCCAGGUCUAG